GUUUCGGGAAAAAGAAACAAUUUUUUUUCUUCGAUACGCCUCGAACGCGACGAGGAAUGCAACGCGACUCGCACUUUUGUUUAUUUAUUUUUCAAAAAAAUAAAGCAAAGAAACAAUAUUUUUUUGUUGUUGUUGUAUUUUCGCUGUCCAAAUGAAAGUGCACAAUAACAACAAUUGUUGAUUGGUGAACGUGACGCGUGAUUUGUGAUUGUGAAUGAAAGCGUGCAAGGCAAAUUCUUGACUAAAAGAAAGAAGAAAUUGAAUAAAAGAUGUGCUGAGUGCAAGACACCAGGCAAAGGAGCGACGCGAGCAGCGAGCAGCGAGCAGUGAGCAGCGUUUAAGGAUAGCAUUCAAAGCGGAGCUCAAGAAUUGAGAGAGUGAGAGAGAGAGAGAGAGAGAGAGAGAGAGAGCGUGCAGGAGAGUCCGAGGGAGAGUGUGAUAUUUUUAGCUGUCAAUAUGGUUGUUGUGCCUGCCCUGGGCGCCGCCGCCGUUUCGGUGGGCGGGCUGCUCUUCAAGGCAAGCGCCGCCUCGAAGGCGGCUGCCGCAGCGGGCGUGGCAGCCGUAGGCGCCUCGAAACUGGGCCUGGGCAUAGCCAGCGCCAUUAAACUAACAACCGCCGUUGUCGGCGUCGGCAAAUUAACAAUUUUACCAUUUCUAAUCGCCGCGAUAGCCUACUACAAUUACGAUCUGUUUGAUCCCGAGAAUCGGCCGUUUAAUGUGCCGCAGGUGGAGCUGGCCUAUGAUUUCAUUAUCAUUGGCGGUGGCUCAGCGGGCACGGUGCUGGCCUCACGUCUGUCGGAGGUGCCGCACUGGAAGGUGCUGCUGCUGGAGGCCGGCGGACAGGAGACGGAAAUAUCGGAUGUGCCGCUGCUCUCGCUCUAUUUGCACAAAAGCAAAAUGGACUGGAAAUAUCGCACACAGCCUCAGCCGACGGCCUGCCAGGCCAUGAAGGACAAACGCUGCUGCUGGACACGUGGCAAGGUGAUUGGCGGCAGCUCCGUUUUGAAUACGAUGCUCUACAUACGGGGCAAUCGGCGGGACUUUGAUCAGUGGGCUGCAUUUGGGAAUCCCGGCUGGUCGUUCGAGGAAAUACUGCCCUACUUCCGCAAGUCAGAGGAUCAGCGCAAUCCGUACCUGGCGCGCAACAAGCGCUACCAUGGCACAGGUGGCCUCUGGACAGUGCAGGAUUCGCCCUACAACACGCCCAUUGGGCCGGCCUUUCUGCAGGCCGGCGAGGAGAUGGGCUACGAUAUCGUCGAUGUGAACGGAGCCCAACAGACGGGCUUUGGCUUUUACCAGUUUAAUAUGCGUCGCGGUUCGCGCAGCUCUACGGCAAAAUCCUUUCUGCGACCAGCCCGUUUGCGCUCCAAUCUGCAUGUGGCGCUCUUCUCGCACGUGACCAAGGUGCUAACAGAUCCGCAAACGAAACGCGCCACCGGGGUGCAGUUCAUCCGGGAUGGCCAGCUGCAGAAUGUCUACGCUACGCGGGAGGUGGUGUUGGCCGCUGGCGCCAUUGGCAGUCCGCAUCUGAUGAUGCUCUCGGGCAUUGGCCAUGGCGAGGAGCUGGCCCGCGUGGGCAUACCGCUGGUGCAGCACUUGCCCGGCGUCGGCCAGAAUCUACAGGAUCACAUAGCGGUGGGCGGCAUUGCCUUCCUAAUCGACUAUCCCAUCUCGAUUGUGAUGAAGCGCAUGGUGAACAUCAACACGGCGCUGCGAUAUGCCAUCACCGAGGAUGGGCCGCUUACAUCCAGCAUUGGCCUGGAGGCGGUCGCCUUUAUCAAUACCAAAUAUGCAAAUGCCAGCGACGAUUGGCCAGAUAUGAACUUCAUGAUGACCUCCGCCUCGGUAAUGUCUGAUGGCGGCUCCCAGGUGAAGACCGCCCACGGUCUGACCGAUGAAUUCUAUCAGGAGGUCUUUGGCGAGGUGAACAAUCGCGACGUUUUUGGUAUAUUCCCCAUGAUGCUGCGGCCCAAGAGUCGCGGCUAUAUUAAGCUGGCAUCGAAGAAUCCCCUGCGCUAUCCCCUGCUCUACCACAACUACCUCACCCAUCCGGACGAUGUGAAUGUGCUGCGCGAGGGCGUCAAGGCGGCGAUUGCCGUCGGCGAGACCCAGGCGAUGAAGCGUUUCGGCGCACGCUUCUGGAGCAAGCCGCUGCCCAACUGCAAGCACCUGACCCUGUUCACCGACGAGUAUUGGAACUGCUUCAUCAGGCAGUACACGAUGACCAUCUAUCAUAUGAGCGGCACGGCCAAAAUGGGUCCGCCCAGCGAUCCCUGGGCCGUGGUGGAUCCACAGCUGAGGGUUUACGGUGUGCCCGGAUUGCGUGUAAUCGAUGCGAGCAUCAUGCCGGCAAUUACAAAUGGCAAUAUACACGCACCGGUUGUCAUGAUCGCCGAGAAGGGCGCCGAUCUCAUCAAGCAGCUGUGGCUGACGCCCACCACGAAGCCGACCGAUCAGCAAUGGCGCACCAAGCGUUCGCUGACCGCCACCAAUGAGACGAUAGCGGAAAGGGUGCGACAAUGGCCAUUGCCAAGCGCGUAGCGGGCGCGAAUGCGAGCGGCGGGUGGGAUGUGGGAUGAAGUUGUGAGCCGGCCCGGAGGCAUAUGCUGAUCAAUCAGUGACAGUUGCUUAAAGUAGCUUUUUGAGCUUGAGAAUAAUUUUGUGAAUUGAGAGACAAUCGAAAGCGCAUCGUGAACAGUUUGUAAAGCUUUGGGCUUUAACUGAGCUCAAUUGUCAGAAGUCAAUUAAGCUUUAAUGUGCUUUCUUAACCAUUUGCCAAAGCUCGUUUAUCCUUUUUAAAG